AUGGGCAACGGCGAAACAAAGAGGUUCAACCAGACUCUACUAGGCAUGUUAGGUACCUUGGAAGAGCAUCAAAAGGCUGAUUGGAAGUCAUAUAUUCCAACAUUGGUGCAUGCCUACAAUUCAACUCAUCACAAAAGUACGGGGUUUUCUCCGCACUUUUUGAUGUUUGGCAGGCAUCCACGUUUGGCUAUAGAUGCAUUUCUAGGGCUUCCUACAGAGGACAUUGUCGACAAACAACAUACGGAGUAUGUUGCAAAGCUCCGAAAACGACUCAGCGAGUCUUAUGAUAGGGCGCGCCAGAAUGCUAGGUCAUCGGGGCUGUUGAACAAGAAGCACUACGACAAAUCAGCUAGAUCUACUCGACUUCAACCUGGCGACAUUGUCCUCGUACGUAAUGUUGCUCUCCGAGGCAAGCAGAAGUUGGCAGAUCAAUGGGAACACCAGCCAUACGUAAUUGUAGCGCAGCCCAACCCAGACACCCCUGUCUAUGAGGUUAAGCGGGAAGGAACAAGAUUUACAAAAACUAAAAGGCUACACCGAAAUCUGUUACUACCGUUUAUGUCAGUAAACGAUAAUAUGUCAGAGCCAUUGGAACCGUACCAAAGAGAGAAACAGGCGCCGUCAACACUAGAUCUGGCCGGUUCAGACACUGAUGUCGAAGAAGGGAAGGUUGCCAGACCACAGCGGAAACAGAAGAAGCCGUUUUGGAUGACGACAGGCGACUUUGUGGCAUAA